CGACCUGUGUGGCUAUUGUGGCAAGGGUCAUCACCAUGAGGCUGUUUGUCGCAAGAAACAGCGCGAUAAGCAAGCUCGUCGUGGUGGUUCUAGUAGCUCGAGUGCUACUCGCUCUGUUUCUUCCAUGGAGCAAGAGCUCCUCACGCUGCUACGUCGCCUCACAGUGGUCCCUCCCUCACCCUCUGGCACUACUGCUCAGGCUUCUGGUCCGCCACCACCACCUCCCUCAGGAUCUCCGCACGGGGCUCUUGGUGAGGACUGGACCUAGAUGCCAUGACUCUCAGCGUCUAUGGGAGCUUGAUUGGCUGCAUCUUCCUUCAAGUCCUCCCGCUUCUCUGUCAUCCAGCUCCACUGCUUCCGUGUCAACUGCCUCCACCGCUCCUACUUUUGCUCAAUGGCAUCGCCGUCUUGGACGUCUCUCCGGCUCCAGGCUUGCCACUCUUGUUGGUAGUGGUGUUUUAGGACCUGUUUCCGGUGACACUUCUCUUCAUUGUAUGGGUUGCAAGCUUGGCAAACAGCUGCAACUCCCAUAUCUCUCUAGUGAUUCUGUGUCCCAGCGUCCUUUUGAUCUCAUUCACUCUGAUGUAUGGGGGCCGGCUCCCUUUGCUUCGAAAGGGGGCCACCAUUACUAUGUCAUAUUUAUUGAUGAUUAUUCACGGUUUACCUGGAUCUAUCUUAUGUCCUCUCGUGGCCAAUUCUUGUCUAUCUGUCAGCAGUUUGCCACCAUGAUUCGCACUCAGUUUGAUUCGCCUAUUCGUGCUUUCCGUGCUGAUUCUGCUGGCGAGUACAUCUCUGAAGCACAUCGUUGUUUUCUUGCUACACAGGGCACUCUUCCCAGUUCUCAUGCCCUGGUGCUCAUGCUCAAAAUGGUGUUGCCGAGCGUAAGCAUCGUCAUAUUCUUGAGACCUCUCGUGCUCUCAUGCUUUCCUCUGAGCUUCCACCUCACUUCUGGGCUGAGGCUGUCUCUACGGCUAUCUUUCUUAUUAACAGACAGCCCUCCUCUGUUCGACAGGGUUGCACUCCCUACGAGCAUCUCUUUGGUCACCCUCCUCGCUACAGUCACCUCCGAUGCUUUGGGUGUGCCUGCUUUGUUCUUCGUCCUCCUCGUGAGCGCACGAAGCUGACUGCUCAGUCAGUUGAGUG